AUGAAUCUGUGGCAGUGGGCAUGGGCGUGGGUGUGGCUGGUUGGGCUGGGGGCCAUAGAAACAGCACCCAGCCCAGAAAGUGCCAAGACCUUGGCCCUGGGAGCAGAUUCUCCAGUCUUCAUAGACAGACCUGACUUCUUUGAUUACCCAGAUUCAGACCAAGCCAGGCUCCUGGCUGUGGCCCAGUUUAUUGGUGAGAAACCUAUCACCUUUGUUAACUCAGAUUCCAAAUCCAGGUCCUUCCAUCACAUCCUGGUGGGCAUUCUGGCAGUGGCCUUCAUCUUCUUCCUUUUUCAGUUCUGCACACACAUGAACUGCCGGAAAGGGGCCUGA